AUGGCUGUCAAUACGGAGCAAGAUCCCUCUCCCCGACCGUACCAACACCUAGAAGAGGACCAUAACCUAUCCAACCAUUUCAAGCAUGAUCUGGGAAAAGAUGCCCCUACCGAAGCAGCUGAGGAUGACUUUCCCACUGAUCAUCAGAGCAAGCAAAGGGUCGCCGUUGUGAUGACAUCCCUGAGUUUAUGUGUUUUCCUAGCAGCGCUAGACAUUACUAUUGUCUCAACCGCUCUUCCAGAGAUGGUCGCCCAUUUUAAAGCUUCCGACAGCGCCUACACCUGGAUCGCGUCGUCGUAUCUGCUCGCCAAUGCCUCCUGUGUUCCGCUGUGGGGUCGAAUCAGUGAUAUCUGGGGCCGCAAACCGAUCCUUAUGACAGUCGUCGCAUUGUUCCUGGGCGGCAGCUUAAUCUGCGGCGUAGCAAUCAACGUCAACAUGGUCAUCGCGGGUCGCGCUAUCCAAGGCGUAGGCAGCGGCGGUAUCACUGUAUUAGCCAAUAUCUGCGUGUCGGAUAUGUUCAACAUGCGUCGUCGAUCUGCCUACCUAGGGAUUUUCGGGGCAACUUGGGCGAUUGCUGGUGCCAUCGGACCCAUCAUCGGUGGCGCCUUCACGACUUACUCAACCUGGCGAUGGUGCUUCUAUAUCAAUCUCCCCAUUGGCGGCCUGGCCUUCUUUGGCCUUCUCUUCUUCCUGCAACUACACACUGCAUCUCUCACCCCUCUCAAGGCCGGCCUUCUCUCCCUCGACUGGAUCGGACUGGGCCUCAUUGUCGGCGCGACGCUCAUGCUUCUCUUUGGCCUCGAACUAGGGGGCUCGCUCUAUCCCUGGUCUUCCCCCACGAUCAUCUGUCUUAUCGUCUUUGGGGUGCUCACCGCCGGCCUCUUCCUCAUUUACGAAUCCCGAAUCGCCCAAAUCCCUAUCAUUCCCACGACGCUCUUUUCCAACAGGUACAACCUCAUCAUCCUACUAAUCAACUUCUGCCACUCAACCGUCUUCUUGGGUUCCUGCUUCUACCUCCCCGUCUACUUCCAGAACAUCCUACUCGCCAGUUCCCUACUAAGCGGCGUCUACCUCCUCCCCCUAGUGGGAGCCCUCGCCAUCUCGUCCGGUCUGGCCGGCUUCGUCAUGCGCACCACCGGCCGUUCCCGUGAAGCCAUCAUCCUAGGCAUGCUCCUCACCACCCUGGGCUAUGGCCUAUUUAUCGACCUCCCCUCCAUCAAGUCCUGGCCGCAAAUUAUCCUCUUCCAGAUCGUCGCCGGACUCGGCAUCGGGCCUAACUUCCAGGCUACUCUGAUCGCCCUGCAAGCCAACACCACCCCCGCCGAAUUAAGUCGCGGCACCGGAACCUUUUCGUUUGUGCGCCAGCUGGCCGCUGCCAUCUCUGUCGUCGUCGGGUCUGUGCUGUACGCGCGCGCUGUAAGCGGGCAACGGGGCGCUCUGGCUGCCGUACUGGGCGAGACGGUCGCGCAGGAGAUCGUGGAGGCGUCGACAGCUGCAGCGGCGAUUGUGGAGACAUUGCCUGUCGGCGAGGAUCGGGCGGUGGUGUUUCAUGCGUUGACGGCUGCGUUGCGCUGGGUGUGGGUGUUUUAUACUGCUGUCGCAGGGGUCGGAUUCCUUCUCAGUCUGUGUUUGCGUGAUUUACGGUUGGGCGAUGCGCACCGAAAGGCUCCUGGUCAGGAGAGUGAGGAAUUAGAGAUGGAGAGGGGGACUACAUAG